CAGGGGCGUUUUAGGAAAGCAGGGCUACCAGUGUCAAGUGUGUACCUGUGUGGUCCACAAGCGCUGCCAUGAGCUCAUCAUCACCAAGUGUGCAGGGAUGAAGAAGCAGGAGGACACCGUGGAGGAGCCGGUCGGCUCUCAGAGGUUCAGCGUCAACGUGCCGCACAAGUUCAGCAUCCACAACUUUAAAGUCCUCACCUUCUGCGACCACUGCGGCUCUCUGCUCUGGGGUCUGCUGCGGCAGGGACUCCAGUGUAAAGUGUGCAAAGUGAAUGUCCACAGGCGCUGUGAGAGUAACGUAGCUCCUAACUGCGGCGUGGACGCCAGAGGAAUCGCUAAAGUCCUCUCCGACCUCGGAGUCACGCCAGACAAGAUCUCCAACAGCGCCCAGAGACGGAAAAAG